UACCGUGCAGAGCUUCGUUUGUGUGGUAUGGUUUUGUGUCGUAUAUCCGAAACUAAUAAAUAUUUUUGUGUUUAGAAGGAAAAACAGAAGACACUCUUUUGAACAAAAUCAAUUCACUGCCCACCUCCUGAGAUCCUUGAGGGACCCAACCGUAUAGUUUUAGUCCCUAAAUGUCAUGUAGUCGGGUCCGCAAGGUAUUGUCACUUUAAAUUGGAUUUCAAAAUUUAUAUGAGUUCGAAAGUUUAUCUCGUGUCAGUUCGUCCGCGGUUCAAAUCCCCAUCAAGGAUACGGAAAGCAUCACUUGAGUUUACGUUGACCUGAAGCGAUGUCUGAACCUUAUUGCGAUAGUUCUGUGAAUGGAUCUUAAAAGUGUUCGUGGAUGAUGGUGAAAGAUGUGUAAAUGUUGAAGAUUUCAGAUGUUUAGUGCGUAGUAGUGAGUGCGAAGCGAGGUUAGAGGAAUUCAAACAUGAGUUGUCCGGUAGUGAUGUCAAAAUCUGACGAGGUCUUAUGCUGGUGGAAUUCGUCUCAUCUUGUAGGCCUAAUGCAAUACUAAUAGUAUCUAAAUUUGCUAAGAAGUCUUGGUCCAAAAACCGUGCGAAAGAUAGAAAUUAAAGAUAUCAGAUAUGAAGUAAAGUGCAAGUGGUUCAUUCUGGUUUUGUGAAAACACAAGAAUAGAUAAAAAUUUCUGAGUGUGGUUUGAUACAGGAAGUAGUAAGUGUGGCUAGUUCUAGCAGUAACGAUGUGAUGAUUUAACCAAAAAAAAGUGAGUUUUCAAUUGGAUACAUCGAAGCAGACAACUGAACAGCCGAGCUAGAUGGGAGCAGCAAUCCUUACGAUUGCUCUGCAGAUAAACAUACAAACCAUCACCAUAGCACAGUCAACCGCCAUUUAAUUCACCUGCUGGCAAAUUGCUAUCUGAAAUGGCAGCAUCUAAAAUGCACCUUGGAAUUCAUUCAAAAAUUACAAUCAUGAAAUGUGAGGUUUGGCGUAACCGAAAGCCAAAAUAUUUCCCCAUUGCGCUUUAGAAACUCUAGUAAUAUCGACGUAGCCCAGUGAGGCGUGGUAACAAGCCAAAUUGCUCGCUUACCCGUGAAUUAGAAUUUACGUGCAUAUCACUGGCUUCACACUUAUGAGCAGUUUAAUAAAAAAAUACGCACUGCAAACUUCGCUAGUGAAAAAUAUAGAUAUUGCUGUAGAAUGUGCGGAACGUGUACCUGGGAUUAGUUGGUGUUGGACGAGUGCAGCCAGGAUAAUCGUUUCUAUGGUAUAUAGAGCGAAAACGGAUUCUACGGAUCACGGAGGAAGCUAAAAAUGAAAAGCAUGGAACCCACGUUGAGGAUUCUCUUCUAUGUUAUUUCACUUGUACAAUACAUUACGUCUUAUGAACAUGGCGAUGGACACAAGCAAGAUGGCGAAACCCUUAGAGUGCUGGUUAAUGGAACGGCCCAGAUAAAAUGUGAUGUAUCAUCAAAUUUACAAAACGAUCAGGUCCUGCUCGUCGUUUGGUACAAGAACAAUUUGCCAAUAUACAGCUACGAUACGAGAGGAGCCCACGCCGAAACCCCCUCACAUUGGCGAGAUCCAGAGGUCCUUGAGGAGAGAGCGCUCUUCAGAACGGUUCGGGAGCCAGCCGAACUGAUUAUUAACCCUGUUCUGGAAAAAGAUGCUGGCAACUUCAGAUGUAGAGUAGAUUUUAAAUUAUCGCAAACUAGGAAUAGCAAUGUCAAUUUAGAAAUAGUUGUGCCACCGCAACCGCCUAAAAUUUUCAACGAUCGGGGAGAACUCAUAGAUACACCUAGAGCUGGCCCCUAUGAAGAAGGAGGCGAUCUACACCUAAUAUGUGUGGUGAUGGGAGGAUCACCCCCACCCACUAUCACGUGGUCGAUGAAUGGUCAAGUACUGCCGAGCACAACGCUGGAUUACUCCUAUCCGUCAGCAUUAAAUAGUAAAUUAGUGGUGAGGAACUUAUCAAGGAUCCAUCAACAUGCCGUUUAUACGUGCCAGGCUAGCAAUUUCCACAAAAAGGUCGUCUCCACCAAUUUAACAAUAGAUUUGUACCUGCGUCCGUUGAUGGUAGAUAUAUCGUUUAAUAAUCAGCCAAUGUCAGCAGAUAGGAAAUAUGAAAUCGAAUGCCAAGCAAUAGGUUCUCGUCCGCCCGCGAAGAUUACAUGGUGGAUGGGUAAAACUGAACUACAUGCGUUCAAUCAAAAGGUUUCCGCCGAUGGGAAUGUCAGUCUCUCCAUCCUUGCUCUAACGCCCACAAGAGAGGAUCAUGGCAAAGUGCUUAUCUGCCGUGCUACGAAUGAACUAGUCAAAAACGGAGUUCGGGAAACAUCGAUGAAGUUGAAUGUAUUCUACAUACCAACGAUUCAGCUUGACUUGGGAUCAAAUCUGAACCCAGAAGACAUCGAGGAAGGUGAUGAUGUUUAUUUUGAAUGCAAGGUGAACGCCAAUCCAGCUGCAUACAAAGUGAUAUGGAAGCAUAAUAACCAAGUAAUACAGCAUAAUUCCAAAGUGGGCGUGAUAGUGAGCAACGGUGAUUUGGCUUUGCAAGGGAUAACGAGGCAUCAAGCAGGGAAUUAUACUUGUACAGCAUCAAAUGUCGAGGGAGAUGGUGACAGUAAUGUGGUCGAACUAAGAGUAAUGUACAAACCAAUUUGUCGUCCGGAUCAGAAAAAAAUUUAUGGCGUUGCUCGAAAUGAAGCUGUUGAAAUAACGUGCGAAGUGGAUGCCUACCCACCACCGGAGACUUUCAAAUGGUCGUUCAAUAACACGGCGGAAACUUUUGAUAUGCCUCAGAGUGGAUUUCGGAUACAUUCAGCACAGGCCUCGACGUUAACCUACAAACCGGUCAAGGAAAUGGACUUUGGGACGAUAAUGUGUUGGGCAGAUAACGUCGUAGGACAGCAAAGUCAUCCUUGUGUAUUCCACCUAAUCGCUGCAGGCAAACCAGACAGUCCUUACAAUUGCAGUUUGGUUAACCAAACUUCGGAAUCAUUAGAGGUCGAAUGCUCGGAAGGAUUUGAUGGCGGUCUGCGACAGUGGUUCAUUAUGGAAAUUUUCGAGGAGGACACCGGUAUCCUGCAAGCCAAUGUGUCGUCCCGGUCUGCAAAUUUGUCGGCAAACGAUUUGGAUGCUGGAAAAUUGCUGAAAAUUUUCAUUUAUGCUGCCAACGUGAAGGGACGCAGUGAAGCGGUAACCUUGGAGGGUUUCACGUUAAAACCUGCCGAAAAACAAACAGUUCCUCUAACUUCUUUCAAAGGAUCACUCAACAACAGCUUCGAACUCACCCCCAUCCUGUCAAUUGGAAUAUUUAUCGGCAUCAUAACUGCGCUGUUGUGUAUCGCAUUAGCAACAGUUGCGGCACUGAAAUUCCGGUCAAGUAAGCAACAACAAAAAUACCAACAGCAAAAAGGAAAGGCGAUGACAUUCUCACGACCAGGAAAUCUGCCCAUUAAGGAUAAAAUUUCGCUACCGCUUAGUCAUUCAGAGGAAAUGUACGACGAGAAGAACCCCGAUGUAGUGCCAUAUAACGGAGAAGCUGAAUACAAAUUGAAAUCGGCCACACAAACACCUUCAGGACUAAAUAUUUCACGGACGAGUGAAUCAGAUCUACUGGCAAGCUCAAAUGAGGAAAGAAAAGUCUACAAUCAAAAGUCGCAAAAUGACGAGCUACACUACGCCGAACUUGCCCUGGCCGUAUCAAAAAGCUCAAUAGAGCAACAAUGCAAUAAUGCCAUACUAUCUUCUAGCUGUAGCGGUACCUUAGUGAAGAAAACGCCUGCCUACGACUACUUUGACGAACCAACGAUAUACGCUCAAAUUGAUCAUUAUAAAGCGGCACCGGUGCCGCAACAAUCGCAUCCACCAUUAGUAUCACCACCUUCCCAAUCGUCCUUGGUGCAGACAGCGCUCCCCCAUAAUCAUUGUUCCGGCCCGGGAAGCGGGACCGCAUCUGUGGGUGUUUCGCCAAAUUCUGUUAAGCCAAUUCCUCUCACGUCGACUGCAGCUACAGCCAAGCCCUUUUCACGGGAAAUAGUCACGGUAAGGACACCGAUCCUGUAUACGCAACAGGAGAGCUGCGUGUAAUUGCACAAUAUAUUUGAGGAUCAUGAAAGUUGCACAUUCGCAAUGUUUAUGUACACCAAGGAGAGGGAAGCUGUAACGAAUAAGUGAGAUAGUUUGUGUAGUCAAAUUUUUUAAACCAAAAAAAAAAUGAACGAAAUUUAUCUAGGAUAAUUAAUUUACGUUGAAUGUUGGUUGGGUAUGAAAGCAAGACUAUUUGAAUGUUUGAGCGAAAGAAAGGCAAAAGGAUUGAACUGUGUGUGUCAACACUUUGGAUAAAUGUUCAGAUCGACAUUGAGGGUAAGCAGAACCAGGUCCCAGGUGGUCCUUUUGGUUUUGUGAAGAUAUUUCAUGCUCAGUGAUUUUGUUUGUGAUUCCUUGAGAAACCUUGCAUGCCAAGGCUGACAAUUUUUCUCAAUAUAAAAUUUUAUAUGUCCUGAAAUAGGAGAGCAAAAGCUCGGCUCAAUAUGGUCGAUAAGUUAUACGUUACGGCUCGGAAAAUGAGGUGACAGAAACGACCUUGAAUUUUUAAUUCAAAGAAGUUAGCGUAUUUGGAGUGGGAGAUAUUUGCCACAAUUAUACGAAAAGCAUUUAUCCAAUGUGUUCAUGCAAUAAACCUUCGCCGACUUUAUUCGAGAUGAUGAUAAAAGGCAUUUUUUACUUUUAUAUAUUUCCUUAUUUAAAUAGUACAACCAAAGUCGACUUUCCUUCGUCCGCAUUAAAUAUCUUUAUCGCAUGAUUUUAAGAUGGAUUUUAUGCGUGUAGCGUGAAAAGCUGUUCCAUGGCUGUCGGAUCAAUUCUCACAUGAACAAAGACUUCAUUAUCGAAAAAGAAAUUAUCAAGUAUGAAUUGCACCUGUAAAUAUCUAAUCCCAUCAGCAACAAUAAUUUUAAGUUCAUCUACAAAUAAAACCAUGAGAUACGCUAUCAUUUCAUCUGAAAUCGAAUUUAUUUAAGCAUUAUCACAGUAGCCAUAUCAGUUUCGAACUAUUAGAAAGUCGAUUCCAUAUCGAUCGAAUUGAAUUUGAUCAAUUAGUGAAAUAUUUACUUUAAAUCCUUUUUAUAAUUUUUAUGAGAGUAUUUUUACUAUUAUUAGAUUUUAUACAAUGUUUUGUUCUGUUGAAUUUAGCUAUUCUAAUUAUAAACAGAAAAUUUAAAAAAAAAGCAUAAAAAGAAGAAACCAUGCCAUAGAAAAUUGUUAUGAAUUUUAAAAUCACCAAGUAACAGAUCCAAAAGACAUGAGAUUAUGAAUUGAAACAAAUUACGACGACUUAAAUGUUCCUUCCUUAUACCAAGGUAUAAAUAAAAUAAUUAACAAAAAAAGAAAACAAACAAAAGAAAAACCAAAAAAUACAUACAAAUACAAAUUGAGAAGAAAAAAAAAUCAGUGAAAAUAAAUAAAACAAAAAUACAUAUUACAUAAAUCUUAUCAAGACUAGAUUAAGAUAAGGCGAUCAAAUCCAAAAUGGAAUAUCUUUUUAUCUUUCAUUUUAGAUAGAUUAAAAUUAACAUCAGUAAAAAUCAUCAUUCAUUAUACAAGGAAACAAUACAUUCUGUAAAUAGUAUAAAUAAAUGGAAUAACGGUAAUGGAUAAUGUAUUGGAAUGAGAACAACAACAAAAAAAAACUAGUUAAAAUUAAGAAAUUCUGAACGAAAUAAGGAAAUAUAUUAAAUAAAUCCAUAAAGAAGAAGAAUUCUAAUUUGAAUUGGAAUUUAUGUAAGAGAAAUUUUCUUGAGUGAUUUAUAAAAGGAUCUUAUUGUGUAAAAUAUAUGUUAUAUACAUGAGAUAUCGAGAA